CCAAGUUUAUUAUGAGGACUAUAUGCUCUAGAGACCUCGGGCUAGGCGGCUCUUAGGGGGCUUUUCAUAAAACAGGGCUAGGUUCCUAUAAAGGAGGCCAGUUUUGGAGCAGGCGCUGAGCAGUGAACAUCUACCCACCGUCCAGCAUCCCUUCCCAUCCAGUUCAAACCAAACAAGUCCUCUUUCCCCCCAAACUCAGAUCGCGCGUCCUCCUCAUUUUUUAUUUUCGAUUAUUUAUUUUUUAUUUUUCUAACCCACUUUUUGGGGAGGGGGGGUAAUUUUUGUUUGCCUUGUUUGCUUGUUUUUUUUUCCCGGGAAGUGCAGCUUUCUAACUCCACCGAGCCUUCUCAAAUGUAUAAAAUGGAGUAUUCUUACCUAAAUUCCUCUGCCUACGAGUCAUGUAUGGCCGGGAUGGACACGACGAGCUUGGCAUCGGCCUAUGCGGACUUCAGCUCGUGCAGUCAAGCCAGUGGGUUUCAGUACAAUCCCAUCAGGACCACUUUCGGGGCCACCUCCGGCUGUCCGUCCCUCACGCCGGGGUCCUGCAGCCUGGGGACCCUGCGGGACCACCAGAGCAGCCCGUACGCCGCAGUUCCGUACAAACUCUUCACGGACCACGGUGGACUGAACGAGAAGCGGAAGCAGAGGCGCAUCCGGACCACGUUCACCAGCGCGCAGCUGAAGGAGCUGGAGCGGGUUUUUGCCGAGACGCACUACCCGGACAUCUACACCAGAGAGGAGCUGGCACUCAAAAUAGACCUGACUGAAGCCAGGGUUCAGGUGUGGUUUCAAAACCGGCGCGCCAAAUUUCGCAAGCAGGAGCGCGCAGCUGCAGCAGCAGCAGCCGCCGCCAAGUCCAAUUCCGGAAAGAAGUCCGACUCCAGAGAUGAAGACAGCAAAGACAAUAAAUCCACCGACCCGGACAGCACGGGAGGACCGGGGCCGAACCCCAUCACCACCUCCAACUGCGGCGGACCGAGCCCCACCGGGGGCCAGGUCAACACCAUCGGGAACGGACAGGUGGACCAAGUGAAGACCUCCGUGUCCUCCGGUAUGGGGGUGACAGCGGCGAGCCAAGGCUGGGCCACCGCCCCGGGGACCAUCACCUCCAUCCCGGACUCUUUGGGCGGGCCGUUCGCCAGCGUGCUGUCGUCUUUGCAAAGACAGAACGGAGCCAAAGCUACAUUAGUAAAGACCAGCAUGUUCUAAUGAAGCGUCGCAGCGACAAAGAGGGGUGGGAGUGGUGGGAGACAAAAAGAGAGGCUUCCUCAUCCUCCGGAGACCGAAAAGCAAUUGCUCACUACAGACUUGAGGACAAUAAAAAGCAGUGAAAAAAGAAGACGACAACUCCUGUUACUUUAUUUUUAUGCCUUGUGGCGUUUCUUGUGGCCAGUUGACACAUUUUGCUGUGAAAAUAUCCAUCUUGACAAUUCAUGUUGUCUGAUAAUAACGUCGAGUUAUAGCCGGGAGACACGUUUCCGCUUGUUUUGUGCAAAGACUGAAACCAUGAAAAUAAAAAGCAGAAGGCGUAUUAAUAUCAACAAAAUGACACUUCUGUUGACCUUCGUCACGCGUCAAUCCAGAAGAGACAACACCAGAGCAAAAGUGAAGAAUCCAAUGUUCACAUCCGAGGCUCAAUCCCCGAUGAAGUGACUCGUUAAGAUGAACCUUUUUGUUUGUUU